AACUAAAUAUGGUUUCACCUUUAGAUAUAUAGAGUACUUCCAAGCAAUACCCUAAGACUGUUGGCGACUAAACUCAUUCGACGCUGCUCCGUUUCCCAAGGGUUUCUAUUCCGGCAGACUUUACUUCACUCCGGCCACCCUCAUCGCCUUAGUAGUAGGCUGCGUGAUUCCGGGGAAGAUAGCAUGCCGACAUUAAACUUUGCCUAAUAGGAUAUAGUUUCUCUCUGUUUACUUGAAUCAAUAUGGAUGAUUGUGAGCGAGGACACAGGAGAGAAAGGAUGAAUUGCUUCCGGGGAGGAGGUCACCCACAGUGGAGCAUGGUUUCUCAGCAGCAACACAUGAAGGAGCAGAAUGCUUUUUUCAUGAACAUGAAGAUGUUUUUCGCUGAGAGGGAUGCAGCCAUUGCGGAGCGCGACAGAGCUCUUGCCGAAAAAGAAGCAGCUACAGAGGAGCGAGACAUGGUUAUCCGCCAGCGCGACAUAGCAUUUGCUGAGAGAGACAACGCUCUAAGGGAACGCGACAACGCGAUCGCAGCCCUCCAUUUUCAGCAGGAAAACAACGCGAGCGUCGGUUUCAGUUACAGGAUAUGCGGAACGAAGCGCGCGAACACGAUCCGCGUGACUGAUGCGGUCCCCAUAUCGGCCAUUUCGUCCGAAGCCGUCAAGUCGCAGCAGAGGAAACAGAAGCAAGCGAAGAGGAAGAGGACGAAGCGGGCCCGCGACGACCGGAACCGGCAGGUCACGACGGACGGGUCGAAGGCCGAAUGGGACGCCCGGAACCAGGUGGGGCCCGAAAUCUGUUUCGACGAGUCGACCAUGCCGGCGCCCGUGUGCACGUGCACGGGGGUAGCCAGGCAGUGCUACAAGUGGGGGAGCGGCGGGUGGCAGUCGUCCUGCUGCACCACAUCUCUGUCGGUGUACCCACUCCCGCGACGUCCGCAGAAGGACCGCGGGCGAAUCGCGGGCCGGAAGAUGAGUGGAGGUGUCUUCAGCAGGUUGCUUACGAGGUUGUCGUUUGCGGGGCAUCAUGACCUGUCUACUCCACUGGACCUUAAGAACUAUUGGGCGAAACAUGGGACCAAUCGUUACAUUACGAUCAAGUGAUUAUGUAGUACGGAGUGGUUUGAGAUUGUAAAGUUUUUGGUGCAUAUUCUCCGUAAUUAAUUUGUAGUCCUUAGCACAUUAUUGGAUGCGUACUUGAAUUAGUUAGGGGUAGUCUCUAAUGGAAUAAUUGAAUUCCUCAAGAAAUAAGAGUACAAUAU